AUGGACGUGGACGUGGACGUGGACGUGGACAUGGACGUGGACAUGGACGUGGACAAGGACGUGGACGUGGACGUGGACAUGGACGUGGACGUGGACGUAGACGUGGACAUGGACGAGGACGUGCACGUGGACGUGGACGUGGACAUGGACGUGGGACGUGGACAUGGACGUGGACGUGGACGUGGACGUGGACAUGGACGUGGUCGUGGACGUGGACGUGGACAUGGACGUGGACGUGGACGAAGACGUGGACGUGGACAUGGACGUGGACAUGGACGUGGGACGUGGACAUGGACGUGGACAUGGACCGUGGACGUGGACGUGGACAUGGACGUGGACGUGGACGUGGACGUGGACAUGGACGUGGACGUGGACGUGGACGUGGACGUGGACAUGGACAUGGACAUGGACGUGGACUUGGACGUGGACAUGGACGACAUGGACGUGGACCUGGACGUGGACGUGGACAGGGACGUGGACGUGGACAUGGACAUGGACGUGGACGUGGACGUGGACGUGGACGUGGAGGUGGACGUGGACGUGGACGUGGACAUGGACGGGACGUGGACGUGGACAUGGACGUGGACAUGGACGUGGACGUGGACGUGGAGCGUGGACAUGGAAGUGGACGUGGACGUGGACGUGGAACGAUGGACCGUGGACAUGGACGUGCACGUGGACGUGGACGUGGACAUGGACGUGCACGGUGGACGGGACGUGGACUUGGACGUGGACGUGGACAUGGACGUGGACGUGGACGUGGACAUGGACCAUGAACGUGGACGUGGGACGUGGACGUGGACGUGGACCAUGGACAUGGACGUGGACGUGGACGUGGACAUGGACGUGGACGUGGACGUGGACGUGGACAUGGACGUGGACGUGGACGUUGACGGGACAUGGUCUUUGACGUGGACGUGGACGUGGACUGGGACAUGGACGUGGACGUGGACGUGGACGUGGACAUGA